UUAAGCAUUUCAAUCUUUCACUCUCUGUGGCAAAACUAGUUGGAAAUGAGUUGCGCGGGGGGGUGGAUAACCCAUUCGUCAUCGCUGAAGAAACGUGAGCUUUUAAACGCCGUCCGUGGUUCUUUUUUAUUAUUAUUAUUAUUACAAGAGACAAAUUCUCCUGUUCGCGCGUGUUUUACCACCGCUCCCAAUGCGAGACGGGGCGAUUUCCAAAAAACAGGUCGGAUUAUUGUUAUUAUUAUGGAGUCUUCGGAGGUUCGCGGCAGGGCGGAGAGUAGACUCGGUGCAAGAAAUGAGGAUUUAGAAAAAGCGGCGGAGCGUUUCGGACUGAAAUAAUUAGUGAUUCCAGUGCGGGACGAAGGAGAAGAAGAGGAACGAAAUCCGCCGUGCCAAGGAGAGGGGGAGGGAGGGGGAGAGGAGUUCGACGGAGUUGCUUGCGCUUAUGUCGGCGAUUUUUAUCCAUCACACACAAGAGUAGUUGAACGAAGAGCCUCUUAUCAUGUUUGACUGCAUGGACAUGCUCACCGUAAGUCCCGGACAGAUGCUGGAUUUCUACACCUCCAGCCCGUCCUCCUGCAUGUUGCAAGAGAAGGCUCUGAAAGCAUGCAUCAGCGGACUGGCGCAUAGAGAGUGGCAGCACCGCCGGAGCGCACACUCCAUCGAAACACAGAGCACCAGUUCUGAGGAACUUGUCCCCAGCCCACCAUCCCCACCACCCCCUCCUAGGGUGUACAAGCCCUGCUUCGUCUGCCAGGACAAAUCCUCUGGAUACCACUAUGGUGUCAGUGCCUGCGAGGGCUGCAAGGGUUUUUUCCGCCGAAGCAUCCAGAAAAACAUGGUGUACACGUGUCACCGGGACAAGAACUGCAUUAUCAACAAGGUGACGCGGAACCGUUGUCAGUAUUGCCGCCUACAGAAGUGCUUUGCAGUUGGAAUGUCCAAAGAGUCUGUUAGAAAUGACCGGAACAAGAAGAAGAAGGAGAGCCCAAAGCCGGAUCUGGCAGAGAGCUACGAGCUGACAACUGAGCUGGAGACAAUCAUUGAAAAGAUCCGUAGGGCUCAUCAAGAAACGUUCCCCUCCCUCUGCCAGCUUGGCAAGUACACGACGAACUCGAGUGCAGACCACCGUGUGAGGUUGGACCUAGGACUGUGGGACAAGUUCAGCGAGCUGGCCACUAAGUGCAUUAUCAAGAUUGUGGAGUUUGCCAAACGAGUGCCUGGCUUCACGGGGCUGACCAUUGCAGACCAGAUCACACUACUGAAAGCUGCCUGUCUCGACAUUCUGAUCCUGCGCAUCUGUACAAGAUACACCCCUGACCAGGACACCAUGACCUUUUCAGAUGGGCUGACCCUCAACCGGACGCAGAUGCACAAUGCUGGCUUCGGCCCGCUUACUGACUUGGUGUUCACUUUUGCCAACCAGCUCCUGCCCAUUGAGAUGGAUGACACAGAAACAGGCCUCCUCAGCGCUAUCUGUCUCAUCUCUGGAGAUCGUCAGGAUCUCGAGGAGCCCUCUAAAGUGGACCAGCUGCAGGAGCCACUGCUUGAAGCUCUCAAGAUCUAUGUGAGAAAGCGUCGGCCAAGUAAACCACACAUGUUCCCCAAAACCCUGAUGAAGAUCACCGACCUGCGCAGUAUCAGUGCUAAAGGAGCAGAGCGAGUCAUCUCUCUAAAAAUGGAGAUCCCAGGUUCCAUGCCACCGCUAAUCCAGGAGAUGCUGGAGAACUCAGAGGGCCAAGAUAGCCAGAGCAGCAGCAGUACUUCAGCUGAGGUGGGGCCCAGACUCAACAGCAAGGGAAGUCGCAGCAAGGAUGCUGCUACUGUGGAAUCCCCUAAUUCCUCAGACAACGAGGAGGGUGCUGCCACACCACCCAGAAUCGAGCCCUAGGAGGCACCCCGGGAAACUCUCUGGCAUUACUUUGCUCAAAAACAUGGGCAAGAUGUACAUCCCUUAAAAUCUACCUAACCUGACUCCUAAGCUUGAUAUUCCAUUUUCCGUCCAUUUUGUCCCUAUUUUUCUCUCCAAUUUCCCCAAAAUUCUUUCAUUGAAAAGAAUAUAACACAGAGGUCUCAAAGGAUCCCUGCUUUGUGUACAUUUCUGAAUCGAGCUCUUAUUUGACAUGCCUCUGGGACUGUGACAGGAAGGGCAUCGCUCUCACAAACCAGCAGAGAUAAUACUCCUCAGGUCUCCUGUGUAAAUUCGUAUCUGCAUGACGGGAGUUUGAUAAGUGUUUUCUCUGGUUCGCUCGGUCUUUCUCUGUCAUCUGUUUUCUUCUCUUGUAUCGUUGUCACAUAUGCAUUGUACAUAUCAUUGAAUGGUUAGGUCUCUGUUUCUAAGAUGAAUUUUGUGGUGCUUUAUUCAUUGUCUCUGAGGUGACACAUCGAGGAUUAAAGCGGGGCUCAUUUUAAGUCCUUCAAAAGGUUAUCUAGAAGGUUACAGCAUAUAGACAUCAUGGAAGUCUAAU